ACUGCGCGUGUCCCUCAAACUGUAGCUAUACCAUGCUGUAGCAAUAUUAUGAUACAAUAGUCCUUGCAGGACAGCUUUCCUCUCCUUCCCUCUACUGCAUGCCUCAGUGACACGUGGGUGCUGGCGGGUGGCGGCGGGAACGGAAAAGGGCGUGAGGAUGCAAGUCAAGGUUAUGGAGGGGUGGUGAGUAGGAGUGAGUGCUGGUAGGACGCCUGCAACACUGUACGACAACGGUUCCCUGGCCCAGUCCUGCCAGUCUCACUCCUCUCACGGUCAUGUAGUCAGUCCCGGGGAAGCCUUCAUCCUGCACUGUCUCUAACAGUACUUUCACUCUCAAUCGUGUGUCGUCCCUGCAACCAGUGUCUCUCGCAGAGGUAAACUGAUGCUGGUGGUGACGAUACAGUGUCAGGGACGGCAAGGUGAAAGCGCGCAGUGUCGAGGUGAGACGAAAAAUCUAAACAAUACGCAGACAGCAGUUUGAGCCGACCGGUGCCGCCUGCAGGCUGUGGCCACACGGCAGCUGGACUCCACAAGGAAGCGUGGUCAUCGCCUUGCCGGACACACACACACACACAAGAAAAAAAAAAACUUAAGCAACACACGGCUGUUGCUUCCACGCCUUACUGAUCCAGGCGUCGCCCAGAAACGUGGCGUCAUGGACAACCCUGGAUAUGUUGCCCAGGACUUCUCUGAGGAUCAUGGGGAGGAUCCGUCCUUUGGAAAGCGUCCACAGCCUCCCAAGGACGAGGGAACAGAAGGGGAUGCAAGGAAGAUAGCGGUGGCGUGCGCCAGCAGCCCCAAUGAACCGAGGGCAUUGGUGCGCUUGAAGAAGGAGCUGGGCCUGCUGGAGGGCAUCACAAUGAUCAUGGGCAUCGUCAUCGGCUCAGGCAUCUUCGUGUCUCCCAAAGGCGUCAUCUCCUACGUGGGCAGCGUGGGCAUGUCCUUGGCAGUGUGGGCGGCCUGUGGGCUGCUCUCCAUGCUGGGCGCCAUCUGCUUCGCUGAGCUGGGUACGAUGAUCCCUGAGAGCGGCGGUAUGUACGCCUACUUGCACGCGGCGUUCGGACCCCUGCCGGCCUUCUUGUACGUGUGGGUGACGGCCGUGGUGCGCAACAACGCUGGCGGAGCGGUGGUCGCUCUCACCUUCGCCAACUAUUUGCUACGAGCCGUCCUGGAGGAGUGCGAGGCCGUGCCCGAGGCGGCUGUCAGACUGGUCGCCGCUCUCCUCAUAUGCCUCCACUCGUGGAUCAACUGCGUGAACGUGAAGUGGGCGGCCAAGGUGCAGAAUGUGUUCACGUUCAGCAAGGUGGUGGCGCUGGCGGUGAUCAUCGUGGCGGGGGUGGUUCACCUUGCCACAGGACACCUGGACAAUUACAGUAGCCCCUUCCACGGCACCAACUGGGAAGCCGCCGCCAUUGCCUCCGCCUUUUACCAGAGUCUCUUCUCCUACAGCGGGUGGGAGAACCUCUACUACGUGGUGGAGGAGCUGAAGAACCCAAACAGGAACCUGCCGCUGGCCAUCAUUUGCUCCACGUCCCUGGUGACGGUGAUCUACACUCUCACCAACGCCGCCUAUCUGGCCGUGUUGACGCCCACCGAGAUGAUCUCCUCAGACGCCGUGGCCGUGACCUUCGCCGGCCGCACCCUGGGCGUCAUGGCGUGGAUUAUGCCCGCCUUCGUCAUCUGCUCCACAUUCGGCUCCACCAACGGCGCCAUCUUCACGCAGUCACGUCUCUUCUUCGUCGGUGCGAGGAAAGGACAAUUCCCCGAGGCGUUCGCCCUCGUGCACGCUGACCACUUCACGCCCGUGCCGGCAAUCGCUCUUCAUGGCGUCGGGCUACUGUUGAUGCUAGUCACUACCGACAUGGUGCUGCUCAUCACCUACUCCACCUACGCCAUGACGCUCACCAACCUGGGCUGCAUGUUUGCACUCUUCUGGUUCCGCUACAACCAGCCCGACAGACCCAGACCCUUCAAGGUGUGGCUUGGGCUGCCGGUGGUGUUCUCCGUGAUCCAAGUGUUCCUGCUGGUGCUGCCCGCCAUUCAGAGUCCCCUGGAGGUGGGCGUGGGCCUCGUCCUCAUCGCCUCGGGUCUUCCGGUCUAUUACUUCGCCAUCUACAGGCGGGACAUCGCGGAGAAGCUUUCACCACUCAUGCGACGCAUGACCGCCUGGUGCCAGCUAGUGUUCAGAGCGCUGCCGGAAGAAAAGGCUGCCUGAGAGGGUGUUCUCGUCACUAUCACCACCACCAUCACUAUCACCACCAUCUGCUGCUGCUGCUGCUGCUGAUGUUGACGAUGACCAUCAAGUCUCCAUCAUCGCUCAUUGUAAAUACAUAUUUUUUUCUUUUGUAUCUUAUUUAAGGUCACUAUAAAAACCUCGUCAUACAGAGCAGGCAGGAGUGAGGCAACCAAGUACAGUAAAGUCACUUAGUCAAGGCCGACCACUCACAAUUUACUGACCGAUGUAUCCAUUCGCUUAUAUUUAGUACAAAACUGCUUCGUCGUCGCGCAAACCCUCAUCGUCCUGGCCAGGGAGUCCACACUGGCAACAGGAGAGGCGACACUGCUCCCUUGCCUUGCUCAUGUAUAGAGUGCCAUGACGCUUCAAUAAACCUGACUCAUUA